GCAUGCAGAAAUGUCCGAACUAUAAAAAUAUAUUGUUAAUUAAAUCGCACGGUCAAUGGCGUACGCGCAAAAAAAAUUCCAAAAUAGCGUAUUUUUGGUCACUUUUUAUAUCAUGAAAAAAUGAAUAAAAAGCGAUCAAAAAGUCAGAUCAAUACAAAAAUGGUACCGUUAAAACUUCAGAUCAUGGCGCAAAAAAUGAGCCCUCAUACUGGCCCGUACGUGGAAAAAUAAAAAAAGUUAUAGGGGUCAGAAGAUGAGAAUUGUUAAAUACAUUUUCCUGCAUGUAGUUAUGAUUAGUAGUAGUACGACAAUAUCCAACCUAUAUAAGUAGGGUAUCAUUUUAAUCGUACGGACCUACAGAAUAAAGAUGAGGUGUUAUUUUUACCGAAAAAUGCACUGCGUAGAAACGGAAGCCCCCAAAACUUACAAAAUGAAAUUUUUCUUCCAUUUUGUCGCAUAAUGAAUUUUUUUUCUGUUUUGCCGUGGGUUUUUCGGUAAAAUUACUAAUGUCACCGCAAAGUAGAAUUGGUGACGCAAAAAAUAAGCCAUCAUAUGGAAUCUUAUGUGCAAAAUUGAAAGCGUUAUGAUUUUAAGAAGGUGAUGAGGAAAAAAUGAAAAUGCAAAAACGGAAAAACCCUGAGUCCUUAAGGGGUUAAGAGAAUAAAAAGUGAUAGGCAGGCGAUAUCAUAAUAUAAUAACGUAGUAAUAACAUGGCGCCUUGUUCGCCCUCUUAUCUUUUCCACAGUCCCAUCCAUGACUGUCCGCACACGGAUCUGUUCACAGUAGAGAGGACUGUGGCGAGUAAGUCCCGCCCACUACGUGACGUCCACCUUCUGUCCCCGCGUAAUCCUGUCAGAAGCCGCUACGCUCAUUUCCACUGAAAUGUACCUCCGCGGCUUCCGUAAGUGGUCACUGCUGGGGUACCAAUAGUGAUACUACGCCGGUAGAGCGGCGGAAGGAGAGGCAGCGGCUGCGCCGGAACUACUUUGACGUAUCAUUGUUUUAUCCCAGUCAUGUUUUUAUAACGGGAACUGGAGUGCGGUAUUGGGAGAGGAUGCGGUUUCUAUUGGGCUCUGCCCCGGUGCCGUCACUGCCACCAUAUAACAGCUUCCGCCAGCGCUUCCCGGGCUCCUCGCUGUCCCUGUGACUUGUUUGUAGAGCCCAUUUCCGUCCACUGUCCGGUCAUGACCCGCAGAGUGUUCACAAGCCCGCUGUAACCGGCGGACACGGCAGAGAGCCCACAGCCCGCUUCCGGAGAAGUUCUGUGGCUCUGGCGAGGCGGCCCGCGGUGUAGUGUCCUGUCCCGGUACAGGAGGAGAGAUGGCCAACCAGCCGGUGAUCCUCAAUGUGUAUGAUAUGUAUUGGAUCAAUGAGUACACGUCAUCCCUGGGAAUUGGGGUCUUCCACUCGGGCAUUCAGGUGUAUGGUCGAGAAUUUGCUUAUGGGGGUCACCCAUAUCCAUUCUCUGGCGUGUUUGAGAUCUCGCCUGGGGAUUCAUCAGAACUUGGAGACACAUUUAAGUUUAAAGAAGCUAUAGCUUUGGGAAGCACAGAUUUUACAGAAAAUGAUAUAGAAAAAAUUGUUGAAGAACUUGGGAAGGAAUUCAAAGGGAAUGCCUAUCAUCUGAUGCAUAAAAACUGCAACCAUUUUUCAUCAGCUUUAUCUGAGAUACUUUGUGGUAAGGAGAUUCCCCGUUGGGUAAACCGGUUGGCAUACUUUAGUUCCUGUGUACCUUUUCUACAAAGUUGUCUCCCUAAAGAAUGGUUGACGCCUGCUGCCCUCCAAUCCAGUGUCAGCCAGGAGCUGCAGGAAGAACUGGAAGAAGCAGAAGAUGCAGCUGCCUCAGCCACUGCCUCAACCUCCACGUCCCUAAUGCCCAGACCUGGACGACACACCAAGCUAUAGGACUAUAUUCAUGGAGAACUUCAAGAACUGAAAACCAUUAUUUUUUUUCUUUUUUUUUUUUUCUUUCAAUAAGUGUAUUUUUAUCUCCAGCAACUGACACUGCUGUUCUUUAGUGGCCAUUUUUUUCACAUUAGGACAUACUAGGCCACAUUUUUCUGAUCUAUUUUCUUCUCAGGAUCAUGUUUCUAUUCCGAAGAGUCCACGUGCUAUGACACAUACAGUUACUGUGUUCCUAUAUAUCUACCUAACUUUACCAUCUGUUUUUGUCUUUACUUUUCUAUUAGUAUUUUUUUUUCUUGACAGUAUUUAAUGUGGACUUUUCAUAUACCUACUUAUUAAUACUUUUUCCUGACAAUGAAGAACUCUAACUCCCCACAUGUAACUGACAGGAUGGAAUGGUGACUUACCUCAGCUGUGCAAUCCAGUAGCAGCUAUAUGCAGCACCUGCUCCUCAGGAGUAUCCACGUGUUUUUUUUUAUUUUUCAUACAAAUCUAAACUAUCUUCUACCUGAAUGAAUGAGGGUAUGGCUGGGCUAACAUAACUGGCUGUGACAUGUGUCGCCAAAAGAUCGCAAUGCCCACACUCUGAAUCAUGCUGCAUCACAGCUAAUGUAAGUGAAUAGGGGUUCUUUGCCAGUGGCUGUGUCCCAACAAGCAGCAGAUACCCGUCCAGGAUAGAUCUCUUCUUGUGACCCUAUUCACUUACAAUACCGGUGAUGCUGCACAAUAUUUUAAUGUCAUGGCCGGAGUUGCUGUGUUGCUGGAGCCUGGGAGGGGGAAUUGGUGACCAAUUAAAUGUGUUACACUUUAAUGGAUUUAAUCCCUCCUGGUAAUGUAUGAAACAAAGUGAGUGUUCUUGGGUCACCAGCUCUUUUAACUGAUAUGGGGAACCUAUACUUUUGUCAAAACCAAAUUAUACCUGUGGGAGGCUGCUGAUUUGACAUCUGUCAGCUUCGUGAGGAUCUGGUGACUUGUAGCAUAGUAUGUAUGACUGAUAAAUUAUGGAUGUGCUGUAAUACUGAAUAGGGUGCGAUUUGAAGCUGAUAUGACGGUUAUAACUUGACUCCUUCUGGCUAGCUUCUAGGUUUCAAAAUGAUUAAAACAUACCUCCAGUUUAAGCUGACUUUUCAUACGUUAGAGAUGCCAUGUCAACAAUUUUAAUCAGUGGGUACCGAAGCUCUGAGACUCCUAUUGUAUAUAAAAAUAGAAGCUACUUACACAACCCCACGCACUUACAUUAACAUUACUUGGAGAGCUGAAGACUUGCCAGUGCAUUAUAAUAAGUCUCUCUGCCAUAUUAAUUAGUAAAGCCAGUGGGAGUUGGUCUCAGAGCCUUGGCUCUCACCGUUUAAAUAUCAAACGUUUCCUGUAAUUGGGGAGAAAAGCUACGGUAAUAUUUGAAGGUUUUUGUUUUUUCUUUCUUUUUGAGGGUUCGGUCCAACAUAGCAUUUACGUAUUUCACACUGCGUAAAAACAG